UCUUCCAGAUCUGCCUAUAUGACAGGGUGGAUAACCAGAAUCCAAAUGGCUCUCUUGAACAGGUGGUUGGGUUUAUCCUUAACCCAUCUAAGCAGGACGGUGAUCCAGCGGCACUUGAGUUUCACUGGAGCAUGCCAAGCAAUACAGAAGCUCACCCGUGUGCGAGUGGUGGACAACAGCACCUUGGGGAACACACCGUACCAUCGGCCACCAAAAUGUAUCCAUGUGUAUAACAAGACUGGGGUUGGCAAAGUAGGAGACAAGAUCCUUCUGGCUAUUAAAGGAGAAAAGAAGAAGGCUUUAAUUGUAGGGCACAAGAUGCCUGGUCCCACCAUGACGCCUAGAUUUGAUUCCAACAAUGUGGUACUCAUAGAUGACAAUGGAAAUCCAUUAGGGACUAGAAUAAAAACACCAAUACCCUAUAGCCUGCGACAGAGAGAAGGAGAGUUCUCCAAAAUAUUGGCCAUUGCCCACAACUUCGUAUGAAAGAUAAGAAGGGUGUCUGGCAAUUGUGUUUAUAUGCUUUCAUACAGUAGCUGUUCCUUGGUCCUUUUCUAGGAAAGAAAACAGUAAAAAGUGAAAAAGUUGAGGUUCAUCAAGAGUCUCUUCAUGUAUAAGAAUUGCAGGCAACUAAUUUAAAUGUUGGAAUACCUUGUUUUGCUCUAAAAGAAGGUUGAUGUAUUUCACAGAACAUCUGCAGUGUGUCUAUAGUCAUUAAAAUGAGAACAUGAAAAUC